AUGAGAUACCAUGAGGACCUGCCCCUACCGGAGAUUACCCCUGAGAAGGGUAUCAUGAUGGGAGCAGUGAAUGUCAUCAAGCUCUUUGCUCAGAAUAUGAUCUAUGGCUUCGGAUCAGGUGUUUGGGGUGACCGAGUGGUCUUCCAGACACCUGCAGUGCUGGCAGUGAAGAAGGCCUGUGGCAUUCUAAAGGUCAUUGGGGACUUGAAGAAUCCCAUCGGCGACAGUAUCUACGUUGGCCACGAUGAUGACCUGGAUGCCUUGGCGAUGUUUUUCGACGUCUCCUGGGAGGCGCCCCCCUGGGGGACCUCGUCGCCUACCCCGCCGGGCUCGGCGCUGACCUUCCGAGUGACCUAUCCGACAGUAGAGGUGGAGUUCAUCUAUCCCACCUUCGAUGGUUCCGCCUUCCCGCAGCUGAAUGUGGUGCGGACCACUCCGCCCACAGUGGACCUUGGAGUCGUUGAGGCUCGAGCGGUGAAGCUUGUGCAGCUGUAUGCAGGCGAGGCCUUUCAUGAGGCAUGUGAAGCGCUUCGGCAGCAGCCAGCCUUGCAGCAGGUCUUGCUGGGGAAGAGGAGCAUGCAGAGCUGGGAGGAGGCCUUGAAUGAAUGGGACGCCCAGCAAAGCCAGAUCUUGAGAGGCUGGGCACCAACAGCGUGCGAAGCACAUGCUUUCCGUUUGCCUGGUGAACUUUUACACGGGGUGUCAGAGCACUUUUCGCUGCUUGCCAAGCUCGGCCAUCUCUGGACCCAGAGGCGAUGGGUUUACAGUUUUCAGAGCACGUGGCGUAUGGCUUUGAAGUUGCUGGAGUUCUUACAAGUCUUGGCGCUUGAAAGAUUUGUUUGGGGGUGGAUGUCUUAG